GCGAAGGAAGAUCAAGUCACCGUGCCUUCCGCAUCACGCGACGUUUGUCCCUUGUUCCCACAGAUGAAGACCAAGCUCCCAACAAAGCGAGGGCAAUAUUAAGACACAAAGGGAUCUCCUUUUUCUCCAUAUUUCUACUUUGGCAGGCGAGAAGAGGGCAAGGCUCCAAUGGCAGGCGAUCGGAAGAUCGGGGUGGCGCUGGACUUCUCCAAGAGCAGCAAGCGUGCUCUCGAAUGGGCCAUCGACAACCUGCUCGGCCACGGGGAGACCCUCGUGGUGCUCCACGUCCGGCAUCCCAAAUCCUCCUCCUCCACCGCCGAUCUCUCUUCCGAUUCUGGUGCGCUUUUAAUUCACUCUACACCAUUUCUUUCUCAAUCAAGAUUGCUUUUUUCCUCAUGCUCGGACUGCGUUUGUGGUCAAUCUGCAGCGCCGAUUCCUCUGUCGGAGUUCCGUGAGCUGGAGGUGCUGAAGCGCUACGAUCUGGAAGUGGACGCUCUUGUCCUUGAUGCGCUCGACACAGCGGCCAGGCAAAAAGAGGCUAUUAUUGUGCUGAAAUUGUACGCCGGGGAUCCAAGGGAGAAGCUCUGCGAUGCCGUCGAGGAUCUGAAGCUGGACUCACUGGUAAUGGGCUGUAGGGGACUCGGCCAGAUUCAAAGGAUCCUUCUGGGCAGCGUAUCAAGCCAUGUAGUGUUGCACGCUCCAUGCCCUGUUACCAUCGUCAAAGAACCCAACGCGAAGCACUGACAAAUCCUCCGCCUUUGACAGACUUCGCGGAACAAGCAGAGAUUUCAAGAGUGAAGAACGCCGUCAAUGAGAGACUCAACUACCAAUAACUCAAGCAAAGUAGGCGAACGACGUGUUAAUCCUUUUUCGAAAUAAAUGAUAUACAUUCCUUCUGAACUUCGAGUGUAACCGAGUGUUAUUGUGUGUUUGAACUUAUUGUGUGCCUCUUUAUCUUUCAAUCAAAAAUCUGAACUCGUUAUGUUGGUGUUUA